AUGACCUACGAAGCAUGUGUCGCAUCGCGGCGUUGGGAGGCAAAGUUUGGCGACAUCGCUGCUGAGUACAGUGACCCCCAAAAGGCAGCAUCAAACCAUCCAUGGGUACUUGGCGCGCGAUCUCGCCAGUGUGAACCGAUGAGCGACAAUUCUCUUGCGCGCUUUACAGCCUGA